AUGUAUCGAUACAAAUCUGUUGCUACAGUUGAGCAGGCUCUUGCGGAGACUUGGGGCUCCUGCAGCUACAACUGUUCGUCCGUCUACGGUAACGCGUCAUGCGUCCCUGACGCGUUCAGCUGUGAUGGUGACGCGGACUGUUUGGAGGAAGAAGACGAGCAGGGCUGUAUCGAACAUAGGGCUUCCUUGGACGGAUAUUCUUCUGGGGGAGCAGAUGGCAGCGCGGGCGAUAUGUCCACCCAAACCAGCGCCACGCCAACCGCAGGAACAACUACGCUAGAUUCCGGAGAGACAGCGGAGUGUCCGACGUUCUAUUGCGACCUGUACGGCUCCACGGACCCGUCCUGUGUUCAAGAUCAUCUGGUCUGUGACGGUCAACUGGACUGUGCAUUGGGAGAGGACGAGCAGGGAUGCGGCAACGCGGAUGACACUUCCACCCAAGCCACCAUCACGUCAACCGCAGGAACAACUACCCAAGAUUCCAGAGAGGCAGCCGAGUGUCCGACGUUCUACUGCAGCCUGUCCGGCUCUACGGACCUGUCAUGUGUGCAAGAUCACCUAAUCUGUGACGGUCAACUGGACUGUGUAUUGGGAGAGGACGAGCAGGGAUGCGGCAACGCGGACGACACGUCCACCCAAGCCACCACCACAUCGACCGCAGGCACAAGUACGCAAGAUUCCGGAGAAGCAACCCACUGUCCAACGUUCUACUGUAGCCUGUCCGGCUUUCCGGACACGUCCUGUGUGCAAGAUCACCUGAUCUGUGACGGACAACCGGACUGUACAUUGGGAGAGGACGAGCAGGGAUGCGGCAACGAGGACGACACAUCCACUCAAGCCACCAUCACACCAACCGUAGGCACAACUACCCAAGAUUCCGGAGAGACAGCCGAGUGUCUGACGUUCUACUGCGGCCUGUCCGGCUCUGCGGAACCGUCUUGUGUGCAAGAUCAUCUGAUCUGUGACGGACAACCGGACUGUGCACUGGGAGAGGACGAGCAGGGAUGCGGCAACGCGGAAGGCACGUCCACCCAAGCCACCACCACGUCGACCGCAGGCACAACUACGCAAGAUUCCGGAGAAGCAACCCACUGUCCAACGUUCUACUGUAGCCUGUCCGGCUUUCCGGACACGUCCUGUGUUCGAGAUCAUCUAAUCUGUGACGGACAACCGGACUGUACGUUGGGGGAGGACGAGCAGGGAUGCGGCAACGCGAACGACACGUCCACCCAAACCAGCAUCACGUCAACUGCAGGCGCAACUACCCAAGAUUCCGGAGAGACAGCUGAGUGCCCGACGUUCUAUUGUGGACUGCCCGGGUCUAUGGAUCCGUCCUGUGUGCAAGAUCAUCUGAUCUGUGACGGUCAACUGGACUGUGUAUUGGGAGAGGACGAGCAGGGAUGCAGCAACGCGGACGGCACGUCCACCCAAACCAGCCCCACUCCGAGUAACGAGCCAGUGUCGUAUGGAGAGCAGACAGGGUUCUAUACAGGGAACCAUGGAUCGAAGAACCAGCCUGUGGUCUGGCUGACAGCCGCUGUACUGGGCGGUCUGAUUUUCUAUCGCCAGUAUUUCUAA